AUGCACUUAUAUGACCUGUUUAAUAGAUUAAAGAUCCAAUUGGGCAUUGAUUGGACGGGUGUCUUCAAGAAAGACUCAUCAAUCAUGGAAACAGUCAGAGGUAGACAUUACGGCAAAGAGAAGGAGAAUGAGGAUCGAGUGUUGGAUGAAGUGAUAGUAUCGGCAGCUUUAUGGAGAGCAACUGCCCCUAAAAUCUGGUCUCUGCGAAUUGGAUAUACAUGA